AUGGCAAAUCAUUUAAAUUAUUGUUUCUUCGUCAUUUUCAUCCUAAUUCACGUCAUUGGUUUUCAAGUGUACGCUGUGCCUUAUGAUUACAGUUACACAGCUGAGUGUUUGGAGAAACCUUUGAUCCCUCAGUACAGCGGAGGUAUAGUGGUGAAUCCUGAACUAAACGAAGGAUUGAAAGGAUGGACGUCGUUUGGAAAUGCAAAAGUAGAGCAUGCAGAAGCCAACGAUGGCAACAAAUAUAUUGUUUCCACUGCCAGAAACCUAUCCGACCAAAGUCUUUCCCAACAUUUUGAUCUAGACAAGGAUAAACUUUACACAUUUUCUGCCUGGCUGCAAGUAAGCAAUGGCAGUGCUGACAUUGCAGCAGUUUUCAAAACGGCCAACGGCUCCAUAACCGCCGGCUGGGUUUCUGCCCAAGAGGGUUGUUGGUCCAUGCUCAAGGGUGGCUUGGUUGUCGAUGUUUCUGGGCCUGCUCAACUCUAUUUUCAGUGCAACAACACAGGCAUCGAUAUUAGAGCAGACAGCGUGUCGCUGCAGCCGUUUACGCAUGAAGAAUGGAAAUCGCACCAAGAUGUGAGCAUUGAAAAGGCGCGCAAGACAAGGGUUCGGUUGUUGGCCGUGGACCAGCAGAAUCAGCCGAUCCGAAACGCGACGGUGUCAAUAAGCCUCCAGCAAUCCCACUUCCCUUUGGGAUGCGCCAUAAACCAAAACAUCCUCGGCAACGGCGCAUACCAGAACUGGUUCUCAUCACGCUUCCGCUACACCGUCUUCGAGAACGAGCUCAAAUGGUACUCCAACGAGCGCUCCUGGGGCGUCGAAGACUACUCCGUCUCCGACGCCCUCAUGCAGUUCGCCCGCUCCCGCGGCAUCGCCGUCCGCGGCCACAACAUCUUCUGGGAGAACCCGGCCUUCCAGCCCUCCUGGGUGCCCGGUCUCAACUACAAUGACCUCUCCUUCGCCGUCAACCGCCGCAUCAACUCCGUGACCCGCAAGUACAGAGGGCAGCUCCUCCACUGGGACGUCAUGAACGAGAAUCUACACUACAAUUUCUUCGAGAGCAGGCUCGGGUCCAGCGCUUCCGUCGACAACUACCUGAGGGCCAACAGGGAUGACCCCAAAGCCAUACCCUUCCUCAACGAGUACAACACCAUUGAAGAGAGCGGCGACGGCGUGUCGUCUCCGGGCAAGUAUCUGCAGAUGAUGAGGGGGCUGAGGAAGCGCGGCUACAAGGGGCCACUGGGCAUCGGCGUGCAGGGCCAUUUCAGAUUCGCCAAUCUGCCCUACACCAGAUCCGCCAUUGAUAUCCUGGCCACUGAGGGGUCGCCCAUUUGGGUCACCGAAUUGGAUGUGAAAUCCGGGGGCAACCAGGCGGGGGACUUGGAUCAGAUACUGCGGGAGCUGCACUCGCACGGCGCCGUGAAGGGGAUAGUGAUUUGGUCGGCGUGGAGCCCGCAGGGAUGCUACGCCAUGUGCUUGACGGAUAACAAUUUCAGAAACUUGGCCACCGGAGACGUCGUGGAUAGGUUCAGGAAUCAGUUCGCGGCGAAAGUCAGUGGGACUACGGAUUCUGAUGGCUUCUUUGAGACUUCACUCUUCCAUGGGGAGUACGAGGUCAAGAUCACCCACCCUAAUAUAAAUGCCCACACAAAUAUUUCUCAUGUUAAAACCAUCACUUUGGCGCCGGACCAACAAAACCCCACUCUUUAUCGCUUCAACAUUCAUGUAUGAGAUAUUCUACCUUUUUUCUUUUCUUUUUAAAGGGAGGAAGAAUAAUUAAUUAUGAUGAUAUUGAAUACAUCUUUUAUUUAAAACA